GAAUCCAGCCUGGAUCUGAUCUGGCUGCAACAUGAACAGUAAUUUAAAUUAAUUAAUAAACCCACAAAACUUUGCCCUGUCUCCUGAAAAUGUAUCAGGUAAAGGCAUCUUAACAUUUGAGGUUGUGCCCUCACUGGGAUUUCUUGCUACGGAAGCUGUGUCUGUAUAGCGUUCCCCUGUAGCUACAUAAUCGGAUUCUGCAGUUCCUGUAGGACUUGGGCAAAUGCAGAGACCUGCUGUGAAGGGCUGCUCUGGUCCUACGGAAUCCAUAUUUGGAGCCUGAGCAAACUGUUACAGUUACCCCUGUGGACCCAAUGGCAGGGAGCGCUGCGGGGAAGAGCUAUGCCGGACUGAUCCGGAACCAUGCACCACUGCAGGGCAUGUGGGCAGAUCUUUUGUGGAAAGUGCUCAUCCAAGUACUCCACCAUUCCCAAGUUUGGAAUUGAAAAAGAAGUGCGCGUGUGUGAACCCUGUUAUGAGCAGCUGAACAAAAAGGGUGAAGGUAAAUCUGCCUCUGGUCCAGAACUGCCACCUGAGUACUUGACUAGCCCUCUUUCCCAGCAGUCGCAGAUUCCACCUAAGAGAGAUGAAGCUGCUAUGCAGGAAGAGGAGGAGCUACAGCCAGCCAUUGCCUUAUCACAGUCUGAAGCAGAAGAGAAGGACAGGAUGAUAAGUGUCAGCAUGCUUGGUUUGAGAUUAGAGUCAGAACUAGGGAUAGGCAGCAAAGGUGCUAGAAGGCAAACGCCAACAUACAGCAUGUACCCAAAAGCAGAUCCCACCCCUCUGACCUCUUCUGCUCCUCCUACACUUUAUUCUGCUGCUGUGCAGCAGUACCAGAAUGGAGAAUCAGAGGAGAAUCACCAGCAGUUCCUGAAAGCUUUGCAGAAUGCAGUCACCACAUUUUUGAACCGUAUGAAAAGCAACCACAUGCGGAGGAGGAGCAUCACUAAUGAUUCUGCUGUAUUAUCCCUCUUCCAGUCCAUCAACAAAAUGCACCCUCAGUUGCUAGAGAUGCUCAAUCAGUUGGAUGAAAGGCGAUUGUACUACGAGGGCCUGCAAGAUAAACUUGCACAGAUACGGGAUGCACGGGGAGCACUGAAUGCUCUUCGUGAUGAGCACAGGGAAAACCUUCGGCGUGUAGCAGAGGAGGCUGAGAGGCAACGGCAAAUUCAGUUGGCACAAAAACUGGAGAUUAUGAGACAGAAAAAACAGGAAUACCUUGAGAUGCAAAGCCAGCUGGCAAUCCAACGAUUGCAGGAGCAGGAAAAGGAGAGGCAGUUGCGACUGGAGCAGCAGAAACAGACAAUUCAGAUGAGAGCCCAGAUGCCUGCAUUCUCCCUCCCAUAUGCACAGUUACAGUCACUACCUGCAACAGGGGGAAUUAUGUACCCGCCCUCUGGACCCCCUGCUUAUCAAGGUACAUUCAGCCCAUCUGGCUCUGUGGAGAGUUCCCCAAUGCAUGGUGUGUAUAUGAAUCAAUCAGGACAGCCAACCACAGCUCCAUAUCCUGCCAUGCAGGUCCAAGUCACAGAUCCUAACAAGGUGAAUGCGUAUAUGUACCCAGCAGGAUCUGCUCCCACAGCUCAGCAGGGUCAGGCUGUAUCAACCACCAACCCAGCAUACACACCGUAUCAACCGACAACUACUCAAGCCUACCAGCUCAGCGAGUUUUUUAGAAAGCCACGAGGGCCUGGCGUCCCCUGUACAAACAAAGAUGGUGGAAGGAGUGAAAGACCGCGAGACCGUGGCGCAACAGGGACCCGCAAGCACCAGCGGGAAACCAAUACCCAGAAUGCAAGGCGGACCGGGAGCCACCAGCGCCAAUAUGGAUGCGCAGUAUCAGGAGGACCGGAGAUACCGCCAAACGGAGAUGCCUUACCCGGAGGAUCGGGGAUAUCGGCAACCGGAAAAGCGCACAGUCUGGAAUCAGCGGUACAAGGGGGACAGACCAGUAAGUGGCGAAAGCAAUUACGGAGAACCGCGAAGAUCAAUGCGGCAACCCAAACCGAAUGCGAUACGAUGCCAGUUGCAGGUGGACCGCAACAUCCUGCACAGCAGCCAGCAGCACAUGGACAGCAGGGAACAGGAGGGAGUGAAGCACAACUUAUUUCAUUUGACUAAUAAAGAGCUCUUUUCAAUUAACCUAAACAUGAUAAACCAUCUAUAUUUCUCUGCAAGCAUUCUCUGGCCCCAGUGUGUGAAGCAUGCACCUUUCGCCAUAUUGCUUAUAAAAAAAAAAAAACUACGUUAAUGUAAAUUUCCUAUUUUAGCUUUACUUGAUCUCUGUCCACCUUAUUUUUUUUCUUUUGACUUAUACCCAGAUAUUAUGCUGCUUUAUGCAUUGACCAAAAUCGGGCUAAUAAGGAACAUGUACAUAUAUAUGAAAUCCUUUAUGUGCUAUAUGGGAUAUAUUGAUAAACUGAGUUACCAUGGACAAUUACAGAAAGGUCAUUUGUCAAAGCUUUUGGGAAACACCAUCAAAAUAUUCUCCUCCACAAAAUAUAAAAAUGGCAUCAUAAUUAAACAAUAAUUGUGUUAAGGCUAUACAUUCAUUACUGUUGGCUUACAUGAUAAAUAGACCCAUGAUUAGGAAAGACAGAUGUGCAAAUGUUAGGCAAACACAGGUUAGUUAUAUUGGGUAUUCACUCUGUGAUCCACUAAACAUUUGCUACAUAGUGGCAGUUGUUUCUUUUGGAAUAGCAAGAGCCUAAAAUGUUGUGGUUUCAGUGUUCAGCUCUGAUAGGACUGUUAGACUGUCAGUUUUUGCUUAGGUUGGUAGCAUAUAAGGAAAAGAAAACUCACAAGUCCAUGCUGUGGCUACUCUGUCAUUGUGUCCAUUCCUAAUUGUGUGCUGGUUCCCUCUUACUGGUCUCUAAUCCAGUGGACAUCAUAUGUAGGGGGUUUAGCGGGCGAGAGAGCCAUUCCACACUUAUAGGAUAAAAAUCAAUGUCCAGCUUUAUUAGAAAAAUUAAAACAACAAACAGGCAUCCUUAGCAGAUGUACUCCUACCCUACAAAAAUGAGAACAAAAGACUUAAUGGAUCUAAUAUAUACUUUAUUACUAAAUACAGCAACCAAGCCGACCAAAUAAGGAGAAUUAUAGACAAAAGACUGGAUGUAUUGAAUGUAGAUCCCUUGUUAGAUAGAGGAGUUUUUGGAGGUUUGAAGUAUGUAUUUAAAAAGAGCAGGACCAAUUCGAAUGACUUGUCACCUAGUCUAUAUCAACCUAAAAAUAGACAAAUGGAAACAAAUAAAAAUUGGUUAGUGAAACAAGGAUCGUUUAAAUGUGGAAAAAAUAGAUGUAAAGUGUGUAAACACAUACUAGUCCAAAAUUUCUUUAAGAGCACAACAUCAGGGGAGAUGUAUCCCAUAAAAAGUUAUAUAAACUGCGAUUCAAGGGGACUUAUUUACCUAGCGACCUGUAGUUGUGGUGCUCGAUAUGUGGGCAGAACGUACAGGUCACUGAAAGAGAGGGCAAGGGAACAUUUAAUACCCAUUGAUUUGGACAAAAUAGAAGAAACAAAUUUUUCAAAUAAACACACAUCUGCUAUUGGUAAACAUAUCAUGUGCAGACAUGGGGGUGAUUUUUCACAUAUCAAAUUUCAGGGCAUAGAACAUGUCAAAUUGGGACCACGUGGAGGCAAUAUUAAGAAAAUAAUUGAUCAAAGGGAAAUCUUUUGGAUUUUCACUUUAAAGACUAGGCAUCCGCAUGGUCUCAAUAAUGACUGGGAAGUAACAUGCUUUUUUCAGCCAUGAUGUAUGUAUAACAACCCAGAAAUGUGCAUAUGUAAUGAUUUAUGAGUGAAUAACAUCGCUGUUAAGGAAGUGUAAAAUGAAUAUGUUGUUUGUAUUACAUUAUGACAAUAUUUGUUGUGACCUAUAUGACUUGUAACAAACAAAACAUAUAUAUUUUUUGUUUGCUUUGUUUUAUAUCUGAGAUUUUUUUAAUGAACACAGGUAUAUAAGGCACAGGAUAUCCUGUGACCUCACCUCUGAUGAAGUGCCAAAUGGGGGCAUGAAACGCGUCAGGUGAUCUAACAUGUCAUAGGGUAGGAGUACAUCUGCUAAGGAUGCCUGUUUGUUGUUUUAAUUUUUCUAAUAAAGCUGGACAUUGAUUUUUAUCCUAUAAGUGUGGAAUGGCUCUCUCGCCCGCUAAACCCCCUACAUAUGGUAGCAUAUAAGGGUCUUGUAUCUCUGUAGUAUCCCUGAAUUUCAAUGCCAUCGCCACUGUUCCAUCAUGAAGCAGCUUUUUGUGCUUUUAAUAUAUAUCAGAUUGACUGCACUAUGUUCCCAUGUGUUUGUAUGAGUGGCUCCCAGGCUUCUCUCUCUAAUUUUUACCUCCUUCAUUUAGUGACUUCUAAAAGAUUAAUAUCACUAUAAUAAAUAUGUAUCAAACUCU